AGUGACGCAGCUUCACCACCGAACCCUGCAGCUAUGAUGGAGCGACCUGCCGAGGAAGAGUGGGAGGAAUGCAAGAAGCACCUGCGGGAGCGUAGCCGGCAGUUGAAUCUCGAGCGGCAGGCGCUGCUGCGGUUUGCCAUCGCGAACAGCGCGGAUGAACGCGCCGCCCGGUACCGCUACCUGCUCGACAACGACCCGGACUUCUUCAGGCGCCAGCCGCCUGGAGAGGCGCCUGCGGUAGCCGCGAAUGCUGCUGCCGCUGGGCGAGCGACUGCCGCUGCGGCUGCUCGAGAGCCUGUGGCAGGGCCGUCGUGGCGGCGGGACGACGAUGCCGCCAACGAGACGCCUAGCGAAGAUCACAGACCUGCUAAGAGGAUGCGUCUCGAGUGACUUGCGCCGGAGGUUGAACCCCAACAAAAGGAUGUAACAGCUCAAAUGUUUGGGCGCUCUUGGCGAACGACAUCAACUGGCGACUGGUGAUCUUGAGGUCCCCUUCAUGGCCCCCUAGAAGUACACAACGAAAUGUUCCUUUUUCUCCAAACACGUGACUGCGCUGGAAGAUGGAGCACUGACGUUUAAACUCUGUGUUUAUGAAUCAUGUAUAUCAGUUUCGUGAGGACUCCAUAAAGUCAUA